AUGCAAGUGGAUCCCAACAAACAUCCAUCAUUUUGCAAGCUUUUAUUUAGACAAGGUUUUACGGAUGAAAUUCAAAUGCCGCCUUGUUUCAUCAAAGAACACAAGAGCAUGUUGGCCAAGACUUGCUUACUGAAAUCAAAUGUAGUUGGAAUGUCGUGGGAAGCAAAUAUAGUGAGAAAAAAGUCUAAUUACUUCAUAUGUGAAGGAGAGUGGACACAAUUUGCGGUGCAUCACCAACUGGAGCUAGGUGACGUUUUGCUAUUUUUUCUAAUUGAUAAAUCAACAUUUCAAGUCCUUCCCUACAAUCAAAAAAGCAAUAGCAACUUUAGCAGGAGCCAACCAUUUGAGGAACUCAGCAGUUCCUCCGGAGAAAAACAAGAGGUUGGAAGAAAUUAUAAAAGAGUUAAAACAGAGCCAAUAGAAUCAUCAGGUAAUGUUGCUGAAGAGGGGGGCGGCGUUGAGAGUGGAAACGAAGAAAAUGGUCCAAAGAAGAUUAGAUUCAGUGUGGUGAAUUUAAAUAACAAAGAUCCAUACUAUGAAAUGGUUAUAAAAAAGUCACACUCAAUUUUUAUGACUAUCCCAAUGAGCUUCGCGAGAUGGACUGGCAUAAUUGGCAUGAAGAGAAUGAGACUGGAUAAUGGGAAAGGCAAGGAGUGGCAAGUGGACAUAGAACGUAAAAAAGGGUGUGUUCGCAUAACAAAUGGAUGGCCUGAAUUCCGAACUCAUAACAAGAUAGCCAGUGGUGAGACUUGUCGCUUCAAGUUGAUUCAAGGAAAUAGUGGUGGCAAUUAUGUUUUACGGGUUCAAAAGAUCUCCAAACCACACUCCUUGCACUAG